UUUCAGUCCCAACUGUGGACCCGGCGGCCACGUAUGGCUCCAAGUCGCUCCCACGGUUAGCUAACAAGUUUUAUCUCUUUCAUUCAGCUUAAUUAAAGUACUUUAAAAAACUGUUAGGGGAGGAAAGAAGAAAGUUUUUUUGUGUGCUGAUUUCCCGCUGGGACGGUCGAACAGGAGGGAGGGAUCUGUUAUAAUCAGCCCAGACGCUGCUGCUGCUGCUGCCUUUUCUCCGGGCUGAACUGAACCGAGCCGGACGAAGCGCUUCACCGGGAAAAAGUUUUCAAAUCUCCGCCGCGGAGGGAUACAAGGACGACAGGAAAAGUUUCUGCUUUAUUUGGACUAUUUUUUCACUAUAGCAUUACUUUAAGCUGUUUUUUUUUUUUUUAAUUCUGGAAGUCAUUUUUUCCACUUGUAAUAUAGAGACGCUAAGUUUUUUUUCUCCCUCACAGAAAAUGGAUAAAUACGAGGAUUUAGGUUUGGAAGCGAGUAAGUUCAUCGAGGACUUGAAUAUGUAUGAAGCAUCCAGAGAUGGCUUGUUUCGAACGAGGAGGGAUGCGGGAAACAACCCCGACUUUGAAGAAACGAGAAGAGUUUUUGCCUCUAAAAUGACUAAAAUACACAUGCAGAAGCAGCAAGAGGAAAUGGCCACGAGCAGCCAGCUCGUGAAGAUGAAUGGGGGUCCCAGCAGCGCGCAUCACAUCAAAGACAGGCCGCCCAUCAACAGCUCCAGACAGCCGGGUGAGGCGGCGGCGAAGCCCCCGAUCCUCUCUGGCCCCGCGCCCGGGAGUCAGCUCGACGGCCAGAAGCACCAGACUGCCUUCCAGCCUGAGCUCCCGGCCAGCAGGGUGCACCACUACGGAAACAAUUACGAUAAUAAGGAGCUGGAGAUGCAUUCAUACCCCAACCCUUGUGGAAACCCCGCCAGGCACCCUGCGAGCCCACCAGCUGCUUGGACCCCCYCCAAAGAGAGCACGACGGCCCCAGUUCUGGUGGUGUCAGGGAGCAGUGCGUGUCAGAGGCAGCCUCAGCUCGCCCAGGCACCCUCCACCAUCAGCAACAGCCAGGGUCCGGCCAGAGUCUGGCCUGCAGAGCCAUCUGACCCAACACAACCAGACAAGACCAGACCCGCCUUGCCUCUGAGUGCUUUCACAGGAGGACCUGGCUUCCAUACGCAGCCCGAGGCCCAAUCUGUACCUCCAACCAGCCAUAACGGUCCAGUUUUAGGUCCUGAGUCCUGUGACACACCCCAAUCAAACGUCCAGGUGACUCAUUCUGCUGCCCUGCAUCCAAGCAGUGUCUCCAAAAACCUGAGUCCGGGUCAAAGCCCGGUACCUGCCACGGGACAGUUCUUCAGCGGUGAGGCAGAAGGCCUGCGCUCCCCUAAGAACAUCCAAACACCCCCCCAGUCUCUGCUCACACAGCCUACCGAACAGGGGCCCUCAGUGGCAGAAAUAAAACUAGAGGCCCUCACCAAGCAGCUGGAGAAAGAGAUGGAUGCCCAAAAAAAGACGGACUACUUUGGAGUCUGUGUGAAGUGUAAGAAGGCAGUGUAUGGAUCCAGCCAGGCCUGCCAGGCCAUGGGAAGCCUCUACCACGACACCUGCUUCACCUGCAGCGCCUGUAGUCGAAGGUUGAGAGGGAAAGCUUUCUACUACGUCGGGGGAAAGGUUUUCUGUGAAGAGGACUUCCUGUACUCCGGUUUCCAGCAGUCUGCUGACAAGUGCAACGCAUGUGGACAUCUGAUCAUGGACAUGAUCCUGCAGGCUCUCGGGAAGUCGUACCACCCCGGCUGUUUCCGCUGCGUCAUCUGUAACGAGAGCCUCGAUGGAGUCCCUUUCACUGUGGACACUGAAAACAAGGUUUACUGUGUCAAAGACUACCACAGGGUGCUGGCGCCUAAAUGUGCAGCCUGUAACCAGCCGAUCCUGCCCUCAGAGGGCUCUGAUGAAACCAUUCGAGUCGUGUCCAUGGACAAAGACUAUCAUGUGGAAUGUUACCACUGUGAGGACUGCAAGAUGGAGCUGAACGACGAGGAGGGUCACCGCUGCUACCCUCUGAACGGCCACCUGCUCUGCCACUCCUGCCACCUGAAGCACAUCCAGCCUCCCCCGGGCCCUGCCUCCUCUUUCUAACCCUGGGGGAGGGGAGACACCUGCUGGUUCGGCAGGAGAGGAUUUCUUCAGUUCUUGUUGUAGAGGAUUGAUUUACAGCAUCGGUUCCUGACGYUUGCGACCCACCAAAGCAGCGACAUCUUGCAGAUUCUGCAGAAGUGUUCCCGUAUAAUUAUUUUUGUAUAAACGACUGUUGUCUUUGUAAAUAGGCUGCUUUUUUUGUGCCUUUGACGUCACAUUUCCCACCAAAAAUCAUCCUGUUGAAGUUCUCAAAUGAUGUGAUGGAUUUUCUGCACUGUGACACUGACUGGUACCUGAAGUUUUCUCAAAAAUGACACGUAAAACUCAUUUAUAAUAUUGUGUGUUUUAUAUAAAAAUGUUGUAAAAGUCUUAGAGGCUAAGUUAUAUUUUUCUCCUGACUUUAGGGAAAGCAGCAGGAAACUUGUUUUUCUCCUUUUGGUUUAUUCUCUUAUUGUACUCGAACUGAGCUCCUGUUAUGUUAAUCUUAGCACGUUCUUUGAAACACCUACUUUCAUCCAACACUGCAGUUUCUGCAUGGAGACGAUAUGCAAUGAAAAGGAAAAAAGUGAACACGGACCCCUCGCCACAUCAGGCAUUGUUGAUCUGAGGGUGUUUAAUUAGCCAAUAUUCAUGUAGAUGCCUUUGUUUUUCUAAAAAUAUUAACUUGUUUUGUGAAAAACAGCCAUUUAAAUUCUGCAACUCUUACAA